AUUCUCACGACGUCUGAAAAUUUUGUGGAACAAUAACAAAAAUGUUUUCCCAUUAAAUGCAGAAUUGGGGAUCAUUGCAUUUUUGACGUUAUGUUAUAUUUACACUUAUUUAUUCAGUUAAUCAUUUCGUAAUGGAGGUUAAAAUCGCCAACCCAUAAAAUCGCUAAAAUUUGCCCGACAACAUAUGACAAACUCUGCAAAUAUGCGACUUGUGCACCUACACAAUUUUCUUCCCUAGGCAGUACAUCUAUAAAGUCUAAGUUCAGAUCUUGUUUUGAAAAUGUCAGGAAGAACACAGCAACCUCUUCUGUCAUCACUUAGAAGGCGGAAGCGCACGCAGCCUCCAGUUUUCAAUGGUGUCACUGGUUCCUACGAGGACAAAGAUAGUGACUUCCUUUGUCCAAUCUGCUUUGAUUUGAUAGAUGAGGCCCAUAUGACAAAGUGUGGACAUACAUUUUGCUACAAGUGUAUUAAGACAAGUCUGGAGACAGCUAACAGAUGCCCAAAGUGUAACUUUGUGAUAGAAAGUCCAGAUUUCAUAUUCCCUAAUUUUAUGUUAAAUGAAUUGAUUCUGAAGUACCGAAGUCGGCAAGACGAUAAAAGGAUACGACUAGAUCAUCAGAAUGUACCAGGAUCAUUGGACCUGGCUGAGCUGGUUAUGGAGGAGAAUAUGGACCUCGCCAAUGUAAACAACCUGCUAGAACUGCUACACUCAAAGAAACAACAGCUGGAAGAUGAUGGAAGACUAGCACAGAAUACUGUAUUAAAGGAGUUCCUUGUACAAGUCAGAGAAAGAAAACAGGAGCAACUUGAUCAGCUAACAAGAGAAAUUUCUAUCAUAGAUGAAGAUGUAAGAACAAUAGAGGACAGAAUAAAUGAACACAGACAAAAAUACCCAUAUUUACCUGACCACUCAGUUCCAAAUAGUUUUGACCCAACUGUGGCAUCAGGAAGUUCUAUGAUAAGUCAAGAUGGUUUCAAUGGCAGUAAAAAUUCUGGUAAAUCCUGGUUGCAAACAUCUGUAGCAUCAAGGCGGAAAAAAGUAAACCAGCAUUUUGAUGAUCUUCAGCAGUGUUACUUCAGUAUACGCAAAGAUGAUUACUCAGGUGAUCCUGAAAGUGGUGGGGGAUUAGAAGAUUUCACAGAAAGUCUCUCUAAAUUUACUCGCUUCAGUUCAUUUAGGCCUCUAGCCACUCUAAGCUAUGCAAGUGAUAUUUAUAACAGUUCAAGUAUUGUUUCAAGUAUAGAGUUUGAUCGUGACUGUGAUUUCUUUGCUAUUGCCGGUGUGACAAAGAAGAUAAAAGUGUUUGAGUAUGGCACCGUAAUAAAAGAUGUUGUAGAUAUACAUUACCCAAUCAGCGAAAUGACAUGUAAUUCUAAAAUAAGCUGUGUAACUUGGAGCGCUUACCACAAGAGUAUGUUGGCAAGUGCAGAUUAUGAGGGGGCUAUUACAUUGUGGGAUGCAUUUACAGGACAGAAAACAAAAAUAUUUCAGGAGCAUGAGAAAAGAUGUUGGAGUGUGGAUUUUAACCGGAUGGAUCCAGGGCAGAUAGCAUCUGGAUCAGAUGAUGCAAAAGUGAAAUUAUGGUCAACAAAUGAAGAAAAUUCUAUAACGAGUAUAGAAGCAAAGGCAAAUGUUUGUUGUGUAAAAUUUAACCCUGACAGUCGAUACCAUCUAGCAUUUGGAUCAGCUGACCAUUGUGUACAUUACUAUGAUCUCAGAAACCAGAAACAGCCGGUCAUGGUGUUCCGUGGACACAAGAAAGCCGUCUCAUACACCAAAUUUCUCAAUUACACAGAACUAGUCUCUGCGUCUACAGAUUCCCAGCUGAAAUUAUGGACCACGUCAAAGCCUACCUCAGUUAGAACAUUUAACGGGCAUAUAAAUGAGAAAAACUUUGUUGGCCUCGCAACUGAUGGUGAUUAUGUGGCAUGUGGGAGUGAGAAUAAUUCCUUAUACAUUUACUACAAAGGAUUGUCAAAACAGCUGCUCACUUACAAAUUUGACACAGUGAGAAGUGUUCUGGAGAAAGAAAAGAAGGAAGAUGAUGCAAAUGAGUUUGUUAGUGCUGUUGCCUGGCGACCAGGAUCAAAUGUGGUAGUUGCAGCAAAUAGUCAAGGAACAGUGAAGGUAUUGGAGCUUGUGUGAGUUGCAGUGAUAAAUCAAUGACCUCAACACUACCUCUUGACCUUGUUACCAGGGAUACCAGCUAUUUAUAGACCAGGGAUACCAACUAUUUAUAGAACAUGCAAUACUGGGAUAUCCCGAACAAAUAAGCUAUAAUAUAUAGCUCCAGGACUUUUUCCCCUGUUUUCACGCAGAGGAAUAAACUUAACAUCAACAGUAGAUGACCUUCAAUGCUGGGAGGGAAUCCACUGAUCUAUUUAUAGUGACCUUAAUCUGAGGUUGUCAUUGGAAGCCAGCUAUAUUUAGAAAUUUUGUAUUCAUGUUGGCUAUAUGUUCAUUAGAAACAGUAAAUCAGCAAAUGGCAUUCACCUUGAACUGCUCAAAACCAGAUAUUUUUAGACAUUUUGAAGAUCUAUUUAUAGAAGACAUGGACCAGGCUGCUACUUUUAUGAAUUUGAGGAAUAAACAAUGAAAUAUGAUAUCUUGAGAGACUGAGAGGAAAAAAAUACUUCAGACGUCUCUGGAAUGUCACUGAAAAUUUGCUCUUUAUAGACAGACUUGGAUUUCUCUGAAAAUUCAUACUAUACAUAAAUUGUAAUGAAUUUUUUUCUGGUAUAGGUAAGGCAUCCAUUUAGAAAUAUAGACUGAAAAAUACAACAUGUACCACUGAAAAAACUUUUGCAUUAGAAAUUCACGUCUAAAACAGUCGUUAAACAUGUCUUAUUGCACUGAAAAUCUAAGACAGUCAUUGAAGUGCUAUGUAUAAAAUAUAUACUAUAGAAUCAAUGCAAGAAUCUUUCACUGAUUGUUCAUGCAGAGUGCAGAUAGGACUGUCCAGCUCCAGAGUAACUUUUUAAUCAGUAAGGAGGCUCUACCUAACUGUCUUAACACAAGCCUUAAAAGCAAGUAGGGGGCCUCCGUGGCCGAGUGGUUAAGGUCGCUGACUUCAAAUCACUUGCCCCUCAUCGAUGUGGGUUCGAGCCUCACUCGGGGCGUUGAAUUCUUCAUGUGAGGAAGCCAUCCAGCUGGCUUACGGAAGGUCGGUGGUUCUACCCAGGUGCCCGCUCGUGAUGAAAUAAUGCACGGAGGGGCACCUGGGGUCUUCCUCCACCAUUAAAGCUGGAAGUCGCCAUAUGACCAAUCAUGUGUCGGUGCGACGUUAAAUCAAACAAAAUAAAAUAAAAAAUAAAAGCAAUUAUUCUUAUAAUGAUGACAUUUAUACCAAAGGGAAAAAGUCUCGACUGUUCCUUGAAAUACUGCCAAACUAAUUUAUAGAAAAAAUUCAUGGAAUGGUAGAUUUAAAGGAACGUAUGUGUGGCAGCUGUUGAUGAACCAAACUCUUAAUGCAAUGUUGGUUGUUAUAUCUCUUGAUAAGACAUGGAUAUGGUGUUGCUGUACAUAUCUCUGUUGCACAUGAAACAGUUUGUCAUAGAGGGCAACAGGUAAAACUGUUACAUCAUCAGGCAGGGUUGAUAAAAUUAAGCAAGAGACGGUCUGUAAUUGUUCAAAAUGAUACAUUAUAAUUUAUAUAGAGCAUCAGGUAUUUUAAUUAAUCAUAUGUUUUUAUUAGCUCGACUAUUCAUAGAAUAGUAGAGCUAUUGGACUCGCCCAUGCGUCGGCGUCCGCGUCCGCGUCCGCGUCCCGAUUUGGUUAAGUUUUUGUAUGUAAGCUGGUAUCUCAGCAACCACUUGUGGGAAUGGAUUGAAACUUCACACACUUAUUCACUGUGAUAAACUGACUUACAUUGCACAGGUUCCAUAACUCUGUUUUGCUUUUUUACAAAAUUAUGCCCCUUUUUUGACUUAGAAAUUUUUGGUUAAGGUUUUGUAUGUAAACUUGUAUCUCAGUAACCACUUGUGGGAAUGGAUUGAAACUUCACACACUUAUUUACUGUGAUAAACUGACUUACAUUGCACAGGUUUCAUAACUCUAUUUUGCUUUUUUACAAAAUUAUGCCCCUUUUUCGACUUAGAAUUUUUUGGUUAAGGUUUUGUAUGUAAGCUGGUAUCUCAGUACUCACUAAUGGGAAUGGAUUGAAACUUCACACACUUGUUCACUGUCAUGAUCUGACAUGCACAAAGCAGGUCCCAUAACUUUAUUUUGAUUUUUUACAAAAUUAUGCCCCUUUUUCAACAUAGAAAUUUUUGGUUAAGUUUUUGUAUGUAAGCUGGUAUCUCAGUAUCCACUAAUGGGAAAGGAUUGAAACUUCACACACUAGUUCACUUUCAUGAUAUGACGUGCAGUGCAAAGGGUCAAUAACUCAACUUUGCAUUUUACAAAAUUAUGCCCCUUUUUCAACUUAGGAGUUUUUGGGUUAAAUUCUUAUAUGUAAGCUGGUAUCUCAGUACCCACUAAUGGGAAUGGAUUGAAACUUCAUACACUUGUCCACUGUCAUGAGCUGAUAAGCACUAUGCAGGUUCCAUAACCCUAUUUUACUUUUUUACUAAAUUAUGCCCCUUUUUCGACUUUCUUAUUCAUUCAAGCGACAAGGCUGUUAAAUAGUCGAGCGUUGCUGUCCUCCGACAGCUCUUGUCUAGAUAAAUUUUCAGUGAAACCAUACAUAUACUGUGAUACUUCCCAGUGUUCUAGCUAGGACAUUUUUGCUGUUCUUAGAAAGGCAUAAACAUUGUUCAAAUCAUACUAUAGUAAUGUAUGUUUUCAGUACUUUCAGUUGUAAAAUUUGCAUGGAAAUUUCACAGUUUUGCCCUUCAUCAAAAUCUAGUUUCUAUAAAUGCUGUUAUUUAAUCUCAGUAAAGUAAUAUAAAUUUCUGAUUGUGAUCAAACCAUAAAGUUUCAGUUUUGGCCUCUGCUACCUGGUCAUUGUCAGCAAACUAUGAAUGUUGGCACUGUUGAAACUGUUUGAAACUGAAUGAAGUACCAGUAUAUUUAAUACACACGACAUUUACACCAAGUUACAGGAUGUAGUAAUCUUUUAUUAAAAUGUCUAUUUAAACAAUGACCUGGCAGAAAAUAUUGUUUGUUAAAAUAAUAUUUUGUUACGUAUAUUGGCACAAAAAAUGUACAGAAAAAUAGUGAUGUUACCUUUUUAUACGCCCAUCUCUGAAAGAGUGGGGCGUAUUAUGUGAACACCUGUGGUGGGCAGGCGGGCGGUCAGCGUCCAAAAGCAUAUCUGCUCUCUAAGUCAAACAGUUUUCAUCUGAUCUUCACCAAAGUUGGUGACAGUGUUUAUGGGCAUAAUAUCUCGGUCAAGUUCAAUAACAAGCAAAAUCGCUCCAGGCACAUACAUGUCAAGUUUCCCGGAUAAUCCGGGAGUUUCCCGGAUUCAGACCCAAUUUCCCGGACAUACGGAAAACUUAAAUAUCUCCCUCAAAAUCAUUUCUCCAUAAUAAACAUACCUUUAGUGUAAUUUUGGACAGAUGCCAGCCUUAGCCAGACAGUUUUUACAUUCCAGUGGCCAAAAUUCCAAGCAUCAAAUAUUAAAUCACUAAUUACACACUGUGGCUGAUGUAAUUUAUCACUCUAUCAAUAAAAGUUUAACAAGGUCAGGCUCUGAUGACAUCAGUAGACAGGUGUAUGUAUGGGCUAUUUUUAGAUUGUGUUAAUUGGCGAGUUUACAUAAUGUCAUGAUAUGGAAAUUUUAGAUGGGAAAAGAUUUGAAUACGUUUGAAAUCGAGUAGAUAAAUUGGAGUGAUGUGAAUCAUUACCACCAAUGGCAGAAGUAUCAACAACUUGAAAAUAGGUUAAACAUUUUUAACAGCUAUGAUUUUAUAUUUUUAUUUUCAUUUUUAUUGAGUAAAAAUGCUAACUCUAAUUUUUUAAAACUAUAUAAAGUCAAAAUGGUGAAAUAGGUUAAUUUCCAAUCUAUUUUAGCUACUGCUCGUGGGCUAAAAUUCUAGGAAUGUCAAAAAGACUGCAGAUUAUUCACUGGAUACUAUUCUCCUCUGCUUAUUAAAAGAUAAUAAUUGAAUAAAUUUAAAUCAAUACUUUUUUGAAAAAAAUGUUUAAACACUUGCCCUGCUAAAUUCAAUAAUGAACUUGCCCAUCUUUCAAUUUGGACAGUACCAUUAACUGUUAAAAGAGGUGACUGACUGAAUGGCAUACAGUGCAGAUCAUGAUCAGACUUCAGGUAUAUGCAGGCUGAUCAUGAUCUGCACUGGUUGCAAAGGCAGAAUUAAUAGUGUCCAGCAUGAUAAGGAUAAAAUGCAAAUUACAACCCCUGAAACCAUUGCUCAAAUCAAUUAAUCAGGUCAGAAAGGAUAUGGUUUAGAUCUAAUAUGUUUUACAGUUUCAUGUUUGACCUAAAAUUUCCUAAAAAAUAGCGGUCGAUAAAACUCCUGGAUUUUCAACUGAUAUCUCCCGGAAAAUUGUCCUGGGAACUUGACAUGUAUGCAGGCACUCUUGAGUUAUUGCCCUUGAAAUACUCAAAAUCUGCAAUUUCAGCCUUGUCUGCCCUCUAAGUCAAAGUUUUCAUCUGAUCUUUAACAAACUUUGUGACAAUGUUUAUAGGCAUAAUAUCUCGGCCAAGUUCUAUAUCCAGCAAAAUCCCUCCAGGCACUCUGAGUUAUGGCCAUUGAGUUACUUGAAAAACUGCAAAUUUAGCCUUGUCCGCCCACUAAGUUAAAGAGUUCUUAUCCGAUCUUCAUCAAACUUGAUGACAAUAUUUGUGGGCAAAAUAUCUCGGCCAAGUUUGAUAAUCAGCCAAAUUGCCCCAGGCACUCGUGGAUUAUGGCCCUUGAAUUAGACCAAAUUCGAUGCGAAGCGUAUUGUGUGACAGUCUGCCACUCUGUUAUAUUAUUUGUACCAUUUUUUGUGAUCUGGCUUGAUCAUUUUGCUGUUAUUUUCAUUCUGACUGUAAAAAUGGCUCUUUUUUUAAACUGCUAGACAACUUUUAAUCAACCUUUAGCCUGCUAAAUUUCUAAAUUUUACUGGUCCAUCAUUCAAUUAGGGCAGUACCACUUAUUAUUCAAAGGGGUGCUCACAUCAAAUUUACUGACUGAACAGCGAAUAGUGCAGACCAUGGAUGUGCAGGCUGAUUUUGGUCUGCACUGGCCGCAAAGGCAGAAUCGCUUGCAACUAGCAGGCUAAAGGUUAAAAUGCAUUCAAUUUGAUGGGAGUUUUAUUGAUAUAUACAAAUCAUCAUACUUAAACCAGGCUCCUUCAUUACAAAACUGAACUUUGGGAACCAAUUUCAAAACUCUCAUAUCUGAUUGGUUGCACAGUUUUGAAAUUAACCAAUGGCAAGGCUAUACUAUGAGACUGUUUUCCAUACUCUUGUUUUGUAUUUUUUUAGUUUGGUUAUGUAUCUUCAUACCAGCCUGAAAGAAGUCCUGUUGCAUUGGAACACAAAAAGCAUUCCCAAAUUAUAUGUGUGAUUGAGGAAAUUCUGAGAUAGAAAUAUUUUUGAUUAAGGUAGUUCUGCACCUUCAUAUCAAAAUUUUUGCUACAAUGUAGAUUUUGAUUCAGCCCUGAUUUUUCAAAACUUUUGAAUACACUUAGAAAUUUUUGC